UAUGUCACACACAUGCUUUCAUAUUUGUAAACAAAAGAGCGCUGUUCUUGUAUAAUUUCAUUAAGAAAAAACUAAAAUAUGACAAAAUAUGAAGUAGAAAGUGUGGAUUUGCUCUCAAAGGAACGUGCAAAUCCCGUAAUAGUGAAUUUUCAAAAUGCUACUCCACUUCAAGACGACCACGAAGUACAAUAUGUCGUUGACAAAGACAAAAAUCCCGGAUUAUUUCUGCAAUAUGAGGGAAAAGUCGAUACGAGUUACUACGGACGCAUUGGCGAAAAUUAUCCAAAGGAUCUCGUCAACACCUUCAUUGCUAUUCGGAAUCGAGACACCAACAAAAUUCGAUUUGUCGAAGUGGAACAAUGUUCCGUGAUGUCGGAGCACCAUGUCAUGCCCACUGUGCUGAGUGACACGCAACCAAUUGAUGUCCGCAGCUUGCUGUACAAGAAUUUCGGCAGCAAAAGUGCCGCUCGUGCCAUGGAUAAGAAGGAAAAAACCGAGUUCAAUGUGGAUGUUUUGAAAGAUAAAUUGGACACAUCUGUGUUGGAUGUCGACGAUAGUGUCUUGCUAGAUGAAUCGACGCUCGUUGACGAAGAUAUUCGACCACCACAAAAUAAGGACGCCACAAAAAUAGCAGAUGUCUACAAAGUCGAAGAGAUUAUUCCGAAAAAGAUUUUGGCAAACUUGGAAAAGCCAGCGUUGACCUUAUUUGAGACAAAACCCUUGCAUAUGCCAAUUACACUACCGUUCUUGUUGAACUGUAUCAAAGAAGUUCAAAUGUCCAAAGAGCCCGAUAGUGAUGAAAACAUUAAAAAAUUAAAAAUUUGCUUGUAUCUGGAUGCCUUGGGAAAUGUUUUAAACACCAAAUCAAAAUUUAUGUCAAAAAUUGAGAUUUCCAAGCUUUCGGAACAGCUAUCAAAGCACAUCAAAGAGACUUUUACGAAUGAUAUGCGACAUGAUAUUCGCAAUCGCUUUACCGAGCAAAAAGCAAUUUGUUAUUAUUUGGUGCUGGCCUGUUUGUUAUCCAAAAACCUCGAAGUGAAUGUAGAAAAUGCCACCGAAGGCCUCAACUUAUCGAAAGUGGAACUGGCAAAAUAUGUUUCGUACAUUGGAGCGACGUACAAAACAAAAUCCGGCUUGAUCCAAAUUAAACUACCAAGAGACCUUCCGCCUCCCGGUUCUUUCAAGAAGUUUGGAAAGAAAAAGCGUUAAAGGACUCCAUUUUUUAUUGUUCUUUUGAUAUUCAAUAUUUUUGAAUAGAAACUGAUAAAAAAUUAUUUAAAAAAAAAAACAAUUUUUUAGAAGCUUUUCAUUUGUCAAAUAUUUUUAAUAUUCACCGAUAAUUUUUAAAUAAGGGUGUUACAACUGUGGAAAAUGUUUCGAAAUUCUUAGAUCUCCAAAAUAUUAGGAAGAAGGAGGGAAUUAGUGUGCAAAUCGAAAAAUGCACAAAUUUUGCAAACAGUGAUGCUGUUGUGUUUUGAUGUUACCUACAAAAGUGGAUAAAAAAAAACACGUGGUGCUAUGGUGGCUAAUAACAAUUCGGUUUCUUGAGAUUUAGACAGCGGUACCUUUGAUCAUAAGUGCAACGAUAUGUCGUUUUUUUUAUUCAGCAGAUGACUUGACAGUUCCUUUUAAAGUCAACUUGGCGGAAUCUGGAAAUCUGUAUUAACUACGAAAAAGGGAGAAUUAGAUUGUAUUAGCAAUAAAGGUAUUCAAUUGUAUAUCAAUGAUAUUUUAUUCGAGCCA